GGCAGGCUUAGCAGCUUACAGCGUUGUCAGCUAGAGGACGGUUCAAUGUGUAUUAUGAUUAAAUCAUUGUGUCAUCUAACUAGUAUGUAAAUCACAAAAGAACAGGUGCUGAAGAUGUUUGCUACUAGUAGCCAGUUUAAACACUGGAUGUUCAGUAAUGAGGCGGAGCUUCAGUCCCUCAGACAGGAGGCCAACGAGAGAUUUGUGGAGCAGUAUGGGACCAAGAUGUCGCCAGAGCAGAAGAAAGCCUAUUUUCUGACGCCAUCAGAGGAAAGACACCUUUGCCGCCAUUUUGAAUACGUCCUUAAAGAGUUCUGUAGCCGAUUCCAGCCUCCUAUGCCUAAAUAUGUUUUGGGUACUGCCCUUUGUUAUUUCAAGCGAUUCUACAUUAACUGUUCAGCUAUGGACUACCAUCCUAAAGAUGUCAUGUUAACAUGUGUAUACCUUGCCAGUAAGGUUGAAGAGUUCAAUGUGUCAAUCAACCUAUUUGUGGGGAACCUCAAAGGGGACAGGGAAAAGUUUGCCAACAUAAUCCUGACCUUUGAACUCUUGUUGAUGGAUAAACUCAACUACCAUCUACUGGUUCAUAAUCCAUACAGACCGUUGGAGGGGCUAUUUAUAGAUCUCAAGACCAGAUUCAGAGUCCUUGAGAAUCCAGAAAAACUUCGUAAAGGAGCAGAGGAUUUCCUGGAGAAGUCUCUGAUGACAGACGUUUGUUUGUUGUUCGCUCCUUCUCAGAUUGCGUUGACUGCAGUCUUAGUCAGUGCAGCUAAAGAAAAGGCAAACUUAGACAGAUAUGUCACAGAAACAUUGCUAAAAGGCAUGUCAUCUGAAGAUAUCAAGAAACUACAGGUACAAAUCAAAAAGCUAAGACACAUGGUGAAAUCUCAGGAACAGAUCCCCAGGGAACAAAUGGCUCAACUACAGAGAAAACUGGACCAGUGUCGCAACCAGGAAAACAACCCAGAGAGUGAAGUGUACAAAAGAAAACUACAGGAAAUGCUGGAUGAAGAUGAGGAAAUUCAGACUAAGAAAAGAAAGAAAAUAAGUGAAGAACAACGAAAGAGAGAUGAAGAACUUUUGUCAUGAUUUACAGUGUGCUCCUACAAUAAAAGCUUUGGGGAGGUCAACUCAAUUUAAGGCAGACAUCCUAGCAAAACAUCAGUACUGAAUAUCUGUGCAAAAACAUGAAUUUCUGUUUAUAAGGGAGAUGCAUCAAUUAUUUAAGAAGAAAUCAUAUUUUGUUUAAAGGGAAUAAUUUUUAAAAGUUACUUUUUUGUGUUUUGAUAGAUUAAAGAAAUUGUUUACUGAUUUUCAAAGUAACCGGAAUAGCGAUUGUUCUGAGUGAAGACGGUGCAAUUUUAUUUCCUGCUAUUACAUGUAAUAAAACGAGAAAAGUUGAUAGACUGAAAAAGGAACUAAGAGCACUCAGCCUAGAAAAAAAUUUACAUGUUUGAUAAGUAACUGUGAGUUACUGAGAAUACGGACAUGGCUAUCAAGUCACUGCCAAGUAAUUUUAAAUAUUGUUUUGUAAAAGUGUUGGAAGAAUUAUUGAAUAUAAAUUCAAGAGACCCUCAUCCUUACGGUUUUCACAAAACCCUAAUCUGACUAUUGAUUCUUCCAAUAAAAACUGCCUAUGCAUAAUAUAAUGAAAAGUUUAUCAUUAUUAUGAAUGCAAUUAUAACAAUUGUAUCUCUUUAUAGCAUUGUUUGUUUUAUUGAAUAAACCAUAGAAAGAUAA